AGGCCGCGGCGGGUCGAGGAACCCUGCGUUUUGCAGGCCCAGGGGCAGCGGUGAACGUGGCCCCGAGCGCCCUGGGCCCCGAUGGGAGUUCUUUUGCUUAUCUCUGAAACUUGAAGUAGUUAACUCGUUGGCCUGGAGAAAGAUCCAUCCCAGAAGAGCCUGGUUCGACCGUGGGGCGUAGGAAGUCUGGAUGCAAGCUCAUCACCUGCAUAGAUUUCCCACAUCUCAGGAGCAAGCAUACAGUAGAACUAGAGGAGGUGACAAAAACCAAAAACCGAGGGUCAUCUGAAAUUGUAACUGGCUCACUGAUGAUCGUUGGGCAAAGUUAAGAGAUCACCAUUCAAGCAUAAGUUUUCCUAAGACUGCUGCCGAGAUGUUUGACAUAAAGGCCUGGGCUGAGUAUGUUGUAGAGUGGGCUGCAAAGGACCCGUAUGGCUUCCUUACAACAGUUAUCUUGGCCCUCACCCCGCUGUUCCUAGCAAGCGCGGUCCUCUCCUGGAAGCUGGCCAAGAUGAUUGAAGCCAGGGAGAAGGAGCAAAAGAAGAAACAAAAACGUCAAGAAAAUAUCGCAAAAGCUAAGCGGCUGAAAAAGGACUGAAGGUAUCAACAGGUUCUGCAACCAGAGGAGAAAUCAUUGGAAAACGAAGCAGCUUCGGCGGGACCACCGAGGUGUCAUUGGAUCUGACAGUAUUUAAUAAAUCAAAUCUGAACAUACAGAAUAAUGUCUGACCUCAAUACUGUAUUAACUUUUAAGACUUGGGUGUAGAAGUUUGUUGGUAUCUACUGACAGUUACUUUAACUUGGCAUCUGUAUACAAAUGGAGUAUCUCUGAUCUAAAAAUCUGAAACUUUAAAAUAUGAAAUUUUGUGAGCACAGAUAUGAUGCCGCAAGUGGAAAAUUCCACACCUGACCUUCUGUGAUGGGUCACAGCCAAAACACAGGCACACUACAAAUACUGUAUAAAUUGACCUUCUGGCUAGGAGGAGAGAGUGUGUGUGUGUAAUGAUCAAUUUCAUGUUUAGACCUGGAUCUUAUAUCCAAGAUAUCUUACGUAUAUGCAGACAUUUCCAAAAUUCAGGAGAUUCUUAAACACUUAACGGUCCCAAGCAUUUCAAAUAAGGGAUACUCAACCUGUAGCACAAAUUUUUUUGUAACUGACCUAGUCUUAUGCCAUUUUAUGGCUUAGGUACCGAAAUGAAAACAUCCUGUGGAGAGAAAUGACUAAAUUGCGAGCUCUCCUCAAGUGCUAGUUUGUAACGGGGUCCUAUUCUGGACCAACAUUAUUAAGAAUGAAAAAAAUGUCUUCAGAGCUGAAAAAUGUGCUUUGGCUUAAAAAAGAUACAGUAAUUAAUCAUAUCUUUUGUCAUUAUUGCUUAUUUCUUAGAGUAGGGUCAUUUCUGGCUUUCUCAAAGCAAAAGAGUAUUUCAUUUUCUGCAUUUUUCUGAUUUUAGCCUUUGAGACAACUGUUAAUUAACACAUUCUGCAUUUUAUAAAGAAUUCUCAGUAUCUUGACUGUAAAAUACCACCCACUAGAUAUAACAGUUUUUGUACUUAUGAACACUGCCAUUUUCUUAGAGAUGAAUUGUUGAGAAGAGUAACGCUAUGAUUUAAAGCUUAAAGUAAAAUGCAAUCGCCAUAGCACCUUGAAACCAUUUAUGAGGGGUCUUUUGAAAGUUCACAGAAAAAUGAAAAAUCUAUGCAUGGAUUUAAAAAUAUUUUUGCACCAAAAAUAAACUUAUCUUUUAAUUCCAA